ACCCGCGACCGUCGCUCGAGGAGGUUCGUGAUCGUUCGUUCGCGUCCGGCGAACCGAGUGCUACGCUCGGCCGGAGGAGUGGGGGGAGGAAGGGCAAAAGAGAUCUAACUUUACACCAGUCAUCAGCAGUAUUCGUUCUCGUACUCGCGGUUUCGGCAGCAGUUGGCUUCGUAGUCGAGAGAGUUGGGUGUGAAGAAAGUUUUGCUCGUAACGACCGUCGUUGUCAUCGCCGUUCUCGCGGUAGUCAUCGCAGUCGUGGUCGUGAUUGCCGUUGUUGCCGCAGUUGCAGCCGUAAUCGCGUCAUCGUCACCGUUGACGUCGCCGAUAUACCGUUGCCGUCAUCGUCGCCCUCGUCGCAACCGUCGCUCAGCUCUGUCUCCCCUUCAUCUCUUUCCCUCUCUUGCCACCCCCAUUCUCUUUUUAUCCCUCUCUCUCUCUCUCUCCCUCUCCCUAUCUUUCUACCGUGUCUCGCGCGAGUAUUGUGAAACAGUGUGAAACGCGAGGCGGGCAAGUUCCGCGAAGCGAUUCGUUUGCGAGCGAGGUGACCGAAUGUGCCGCUGAGAAUUAUGUGGCAUACUGACGCAGGAUUGGGAUCGGUCGCGCGUCAAGUCAGCUGACAUAUUGCGCCCUGCUACACCGCAACAGCCUUCGGUGAGUACAUGGUGACACGCGGUUGUAGAGGAGCAACUGGGAAGAGAGCCGUGGCAAAAGACACCUAGUUAUCCUGCACCAAGCUGACUGCGACUUUCCACUGUUUCUUAAGACAGUGACAGCAAGUAGAAUAUAGAAGGACAUCUACUUGUUUUGUGAAGAGCGACACAGAGAAACAACAACUAUGGAACGAGAGUCCAAUCCUAUGCAAGCCCUAUGCCGCAGCGGCUGCGGAUUUUAUGGCUCGCCGGCUACCGAUGGCCUUUGUUCUCUUUGCUAUAAGGAAAAUUUGAAGAAGAAGCAGCAACCACCGGUAUCAGCAGCUACUGUACCAACCUCACAGACUGUCUCCAGCAACGCUGGCACGUUGCAGGGUAGUUUUGGUAGUCCAGCAGCUACCGGAACAACAGCCCAACCUACCAUUCCUACCAUACCUCAGCCAACGACAGAUCUGCCCAGUCCCAAAGAAAAGGUAAGCAGGGAAGAUCAGGAAAGUGAAGUAGGUGUAAGCAGUGCAGCAGCUGAAGGAUCCGUGAGUAAUUGCGAGGCAGACGAUUCCUUCGAUGGCAAAGAGACUGAUAAAGAAUCUAAGAAGAAGAAAAAUCGUUGUGCUGUAUGUCGCAAAAAAGUUGGUUUGACCGGAUUCGAGUGUCGUUGUGGCGGACUAUUCUGCGCGGUGCAUCGAUACAGUGACAAGCACGACUGCAAAUUUGAUUACAAAGAAAUGGGCGCUCAAGAGAUUCGGCGCAACAAUCCAGUUGUUGUUGGUGAAAAAGUGCAAAAAAUUUGAACUAUUUAGUGUGUAGUCGUUGGGAAAAUGGUUAUAUAACUAUUAUAAACAAACAGAAUAUAAAACAGGAGAAAACGAGAUAAAUUAUCUGGCAGCUGAUUCGCACGUCAAGGGGUGAAACGAGCGAGAGCGAACGAAAGAGAGAGAGAGAGAGAGAGAGAGAGAGAGAGAGAGAGAGAGAGAGAGAGAGAGAGAGAGAGAGAGAGAGAGAGAGAGAGAAAGAGUGUGUGUGCGUGUAUAUGUUGUAUAUGUUUGUGUGUGUGAGUGAGAGAGAGAGAAAGAGGGAACGAGUGUUACAGAGUGAGAGUGAACGCGCGAGAUUGAAAACAAAAUUGUUUUGUAGCCGAAAGCCGAGGAAAGUUAGAAGAAAAAGAAGAAAAUGAAACGAAUAUCAGAGAGAACAAAUAAACGAAAGAUUGCAAAUUUAGAAUGUGUGCGUAUGAAUGAAUGAGUUCUUAAUUGGAUGCCAGUGCCAUGUAAGUUUCAGAUUGUCAUCUAGUGAGAGUUUUAAUUGAGAAUAUACCUGGUUACUAACUGCUGCCAGCUUACUACUAUUAUUAUCUAUUAUUAUCUUCAUGAUUAUUACGGUUUAUAAUUAUUCUAUAUUAUGUUUAUUAAUUUACUUAAAAAGCGAAAUUCGCAUAUAAGGCUCGUUUUACAUAAAGGCAGAUAAUUUUUUGGUGCGGUCAGUCAGUCCAGGGCAUCUCAUUAGGAGUUUUGGUUUGUUCGAGAAAUUUUAUACAUUUGCUGUUUUGUUUAUAUAUAUAUCAGAGAGAAAAAUAUGAAAAAAGUGGAGUGUUGCUUAGAUAAAUGGCUGACGUUGAUGGGUGAUCACAAUCCUAGGUUUAUAAUUAGUCUAAUAAUUAUUAAGUAUAUAUUAGUCUAUUGAUUCAUAAAUAAUGCAAUGAAGUAUAAGUAGUACUGUGUGUUUAUGUCCAACUUCACGUGAAUAUAACCACCAAUUAUUACUCAUUAAAUAUGUUUCAACCUAUAUUGCAAAUAAUUAUUUACACUACGGCCGCUGGUCUGCGAUUUGUAAAUUAAAUCCCUCUGUAACGUAUAUACUUGGAGGUCUCUUAGAAUGUAAACGAAUUGUUAAUGUUUGAAAUCGUCACUUAGUUUACUCGUUUUCUUUUCUUCUUUUUUUUUCUUUGCUUGUUUUUUCUGCGAGUUUCGAGUAGGAUAGCUGCGCGAGGUAUUCCGGUGCUGCAUCGCAGCGCAUAAUAUAAGAGUAAAUGAUUAAUAAAAUGUCUAGAGAGGCCGCGGGCAUUACGUGAACGAUGAAGUGGAGAAUUAUUGACGUUUGUAAAGCGUUGAACGUAUACUAAAACCGCGCGAGCGAAGGUGGAUAUUACAUUGAUAAAUUUUAUAAGCCACGUAUAUAACAUCUCUGACCGUUUCUUCUCUCCGCGCUUUAAAAACUCGUGCCGAAAACUUCGUUGUUUUUUCUUUUCCCCUUUUUUUUUCUUUUCUUUCCGUUUAGCUCACUCGUAAAUAGUUGUAUACAUGUUUGUAAAGUUGUAGCAUACCGGAAAGGUGCUAUGGCUGUCCAGCUUUGUUAUAUUUCUGUAAAACCAAGCGAGAUAAUGGAGACGAGACGAACCGCAAAUUAUGCUCCACAUGUAGGUCAAUUUCAUGAGAGCUUCAAUUUGCAUUCGGCUUUGAAGCAAAUGAAAAAAAAAUAAUAUAAAAAAAGAUACAUAUAUACAAAUAUAUAUUAUAUAUAUUACGGCUCGUCGAUUUGACGUGAAGUAAACGAAACAAUAAAGUUCUUUCUUUCAUUAUCGUAUCCUGGGACAAGGCACCUAUUUAUCCGAAUGCCGUGCUGCCGUUCUUUUAUUCCUUAUUUUGUAAUUAUUAGAACUUAUAUUCUUGUAUAAAGUAGACUUAUUCUCGUUAUUUGCUUAUAAGAUUUAUUUUUCUUCCCGUCGUACUCGAAGAAUGUACAGUGAUGAUUCCAUUUAUUUUCGAGAAAUAUAUAGAGCUUUCUGUUAAAAAAAAAGCAAAAACUGCAAUCGCAAGGUCUAUUGAGUCGCAUUUUUCUUUCUGCGAGAUGGAACAAACACGCGAGCACUGUAUUCAGUUCCUCCCGUUACCAAAUAUCUCUCGCGUAUGUAUUGCCGCCGAAAAGAAAAAAACGGAGAAAAUACUUCAGCUGAGAAAAAAGGAAACUCGAUUUUAUCCGUCGGAUGAAGUGGAGCGUUGAGGACGAUUUUUUUCAUAAAAUUUGCGACCCUCGACGAUAUCUAGAAAUUAAGGCCGUCGAAAAAAAAGCCCGAAUCUUAUCUUUCGACACGAUAAUUCGAAUUCGUUUGCGGGAUGACGAUUGUGUGUUGAUUUCAUAGACAAUAUAUACCUUAUCUCGUAUCAAGGUCGCCUCGUCGAUGAGUCUGUCGUUCUUUUUUUUCUUUCUAACGCACCUUUAGGAACGCUGACGCUGAGAGAAAUCGGAAUCGUGUAAAGAAAGAAGAGACGCGCAAACAGAUACACACACACAUACAUACACACACACACACAUACAAUACCGAAAUGCGAACAUACCAUACGCGAACGUACACAUACAUGAGUUACACAAUAGACAAACACACCGAUUAUCAGUAAUAUCGACGGAAUGGUUGCCUUCAGGCCUUCAUCCUAUUUUAGGCAUAGCAUAUUUUUCUAACGUAUAUCGCAAUAUCGGAAUAAUCUUGCCUAGCGAGAGCGAUCGAAUGAUAGAGAGAAAGAGGGAGAGAAAGGAAGCGAGAGAAAGGAAGAGAAUGAGGGAGAGAGUGACUGAGGGAGUGUGUAUUGAGAACAGAUGCCUGUGAGUGAGGUAGAGGAAUGUAUGCGGGAAUAAAAAUGAUUUAUUGAGUUAAAAAAGAGUGUGAGAGAGCCAGAGAGAAAAAGAGAUCGAGAGAUUGUGAGCGAAAGAAAAAAAAAGGGAGAAACAAAAAUGAGGAUUAUCAGCGACGAUCGUAUUCGGCUGACUAUAUAAGGACGUAACGAUGCUUGUAAUUAUUACGAUUGAUAUUAGUACGUUUAAGCUAUUAAAAAGUAACAUCAACUUUAAUAUAUUAUAUGAUUACAAUUACCAUCCUUUGAAAUGCUUUAGACAUUUAGGUUUCACGUAAAAGGAAAGUUAGUAUACUCCUAUACGCGGAGAUCCCUACCUCCUUUCUUUCCUCUUCUCCAUUUUAUCCUCCAUCCACUUUGCUCUCCUCCUCGUCCUCGUCCUCGUCCUGUCAUUCUUCUCUUCCCAGCCCUCGCGGACCUUUUAACAGUUCUCUUAAAACGUUUAUAAUUAUAUAAUAUAGUGGACUAUAUUUAUGUAUAUUUAAAAACAAAUAUAUAUAAAUGCAUCGCCCUUAAAACGCGAAAAGCCGGCAAUCCGUUUUUGUGUGUUCUUGACUUUAUAUAGAGAAGACUCUAAUCUCGGCACCUCUCUUCUACGAGUUACAUUGUAGCCACUUGUACAAAACAUCUCCCAGACGUAAAACGAGGUGCGACUUUAUUUUCUCUGUAAUGAAAAUUUCUGCUGCAAUAAACGGUUUAUCUUUUAUCACA